CCCGCGAGUGCCGCCAUGGCGGUGUGGUGCGGCGCGCGCAUCCUGCCGCUCGAGCGCCGCGUCUACUCCAUCACGCUCGUGAUAGACCCGAACACAGCGUUCCUGCGAGCGGCGCGCGCCGGACAACUCGAGACCGUCGUCGACCUGCUCGACUCAGGCGCGGUCAAAGACAUCAACACUAGCAAUUCAAAUGGCCUGAACGCGCUACACUUGGCAGCUAAAGAUGGCCACAUCGCAGUGGUCGAAGAGCUCCUCAAACGAGGGGCCAUCGUGGAUGCAGCGACAAAGAAAGGCAACACAGCCCUACACAUAGCAUGCUUAGCAGGCCAAGAGCCGGUAGCGCGGGCGCUGCUCGGCGCAGGCGCCAAAGCAGAUGCCCAAUCCGCGGCUGGCUUCACGCCGCUGUACAUGGCGGCGCAGGAGAACCAUGCUGGUUGUGUGAAAAUGUUGUUAGCUGCGGGCGCUAGUCAGACACUAGCCACUGAGGAUGGCUUCACCCCCUUAGCUGUGGCCAUGCAGCAGGGUCACGACCGCGUGGUAGCCGAGUUACUAGAGUCAGACACGAGAGGCAAAGUGCGCUUGCCCGCCUUGCACAUUGCUGCUAAGAAAAACGACGUUAAGGCUGCCACAUUAUUGCUAGAAAACGAACACAAUCCCGACGCCUGUUCCAAGUCCGGAUUCACACCGCUACACAUAGCCGCCCACUACGGUAAUGUCGGUGUGGCUAAAGCAUUACUCGCCGCCGGUGCCGACUCAGGGCGUGCAGCUAAACAUAACAUCACACCACUGCAUGUUGCUAGCAAGUGGGGACAGCUGGCUAUGGUCGAUUUACUGGUAGAAAAUGGUGCAAACAUUGCCGCUGUUACGAGAGACGGCCUCACCCCGCUACAUUGCGCAGCACGUUCGGGACACAGUAAUGUCGUGUCGCGGCUGUUACAACAUGGAGCGCCAAUCACGAGCAAAACGAAGAACGGGUUAACGCCUCUCCACAUGUCCGUCCAAGGCGAACACGUAGAGACGGCGAAAGUCCUCCUCACCGAGGGUGCCCCCAUUGAUGACGUCACAGUAGACUACCUGACGGCUCUACACGUCGCUGCUCACUGUGGACACGUCAAAGUAGCCAAGCUGCUUCUCGACAGGAACGCAGACGCAAACGCCAGAGCUCUGAACGGCUUCACUCCGUUACACAUCGCCUGCAAGAAGAACAGGCUCAAGGUGGUCGAACUGCUGCUGAAAUAUGGUGCCAGUAAAUCAGCGACCACAGAAUCCGGCCUGACGCCCCUCCACGUGGCCUCGUUCAUGGGCUGCAUGAACAUCGCCUUGGUGCUAGUGGGAGCGGGAGCGGAAGCGGACGCGUGCACGGCGCGCGGUGAAACACCCUUACAUCUGGCCGCAAGGGCGCAUCAGACGGACCUAGUGCGAGUGCUACUGCGGAACAACGCUAAGGUGGAAGCACGAGCGCGCGAAGAGCAGACCCCUCUCCACGUAGCAGCACGUCUCGGCCACGGCGAUAUUGCUGCUUUGCUUUUGCAACAUGGCGCAGAUGUCGCUGCAGCUACCAAGGACCAUUACACGCCGCUACACAUCGCAGCUAAAGAAGGCAAAGAAGAAGUAGCUUCCAUUCUACUCGACAACAACGCACCAAUCGAAGCCGAGACCCGCAAAGGUUUCACACCCCUGCAUCUCGCGGCCAAAUACGGCGACAUCGGAGUAGCCCGGCUCCUCCUCGCCAGGGGAGCGCAACCUGACGCGCCAGGGAAAAGCCACAUCACACCUCUACACAUGGCUACGUAUUACGGACAUCCAGAUAUCGCAUUGCUUCUCUUGGAUAAAGGUGCCUCGCCGCACUCGCUCGCCAAGAACGGACAUUCAGCGCUGCAUAUCGCCUGUCGACACAACCAUCCUGACAUCGCGUUUGCGCUGCUCGAACAUGACGCGGACCCGAGCGUGAAGUCUAAGGCCGGGUUCACACCGCUGCACAUGGCGGCCCAAGAAGGGCAUGAAGACUGCGUGGAAAUGCUCAUAGAGAGAGGGGCUGAUGUCAACGUGCCGGCCAGCAAUGGCCUAACUCCAGUGCACCUGGCCGCCUCGGAAGGUCGCACAGCCGUCCUGAAGGCGCUGCUGGCGGGCGGCGGGCAGUGCGGCGCGCGCAGCCGCGACGGCUACACGCCGCUGCACGCCGCCGCGCACCACGGCCACCACGCCGCCGCCCGGGCGCUCGUGGAGGCGGGGGCGGAUGUUACAGCGAGGGCGCAACAUGGGUUCACGCCCCUGCACCAAGCGUCGCAGCAAGGCCACACCCUCAUCAUUCAGCUGCUGCUCAAGAGUAACGCUGAUCCGAACGCACUCUCUGCUAACGGUCAGACGGCGUGCGCCAUCGCCGACCGUCUGGGCUACAUCAGCGCUGUGGAGGCCCUGCGUCCAGUCACAGAGAAUACUCUUAGCCAAGCCGUCGGAGAUACUGGCGGCUUGGAGGGCAAAUACCGAGUGGCUGCGCCAGAGCUCAUGCAGGACACCUUCAUGAGCGAUUCCGAGGACGAAGGAGGAGAAGUCGAGUGUCCAAUCCAACAGCAGCAGCAAUACCGCUACAUGAACAGCGAAGCCGGCACCCUGCACCGGGCGAGACCCCUCGAGGACUCCGUCACGGACGGCCACCUCUACCCCAGCAACAAUGACAAGAAAGUGGCCACCAUCGACCGGCAGCCGCUCGACAUCGGAUUCCUGGUGUCGUUCGUGGUGGACGCGCGCGGCGGGGCCAUGAAAGCCAAGCGGCGCGGUGGCGUGCGCAUCGUCGUCCCGCCCGCCGCCUGUGCGGCCCCUACCCGAGUUACAUGCCGGGCCGCGACGCGUCGCGCGCCGGCCGCGGCGCCACCGCCGCUCAUGGAGGGCGAGGCGCUGGCGUCCCGCUUGUUGGAACUACAGCCGCAGGGCGCCAAGUUCGCGGCGCCAGUAAUAAUCGAGGUGCCUAUCUUCACAUCUUCGUGCAAAGAGCGAGAGAUCGUCAUCCUAAGAUCAGACACCGGCGACACUUGGCAGGACCACUAUCUGCAUAAUAAUGACAACCCUAUGAUACAGGAAGCGUUACAUCGCGAACGACUUGAACACGGCACUUCUGGCGAAACACUGGGCGAAAAUGGCGAACGAGUGACCAGAAUUAUUACUUGCGACUUCCCACAUUACUUGGCCGUCGUUUCACGUGUACGACAAGAGGUCCACAUCAUCGGGCCAGAGGGCGGCACUGUUUCCAGCUCGCAUAUACCACAGGUCCAAGCGCUAUUCCCCCCGCAAGCGCUCACUAAACGUAUCCGCGUGGGCGUGCAGGCACACGGCGCGCCGGCCGCGCUGCGCAGGCGCGCGCUGCCGCGGCACGUGGCCGUCGCCCCCGUCAUUACCGUGGAGCCCCGGCGGAGGAAGUUCCAUCGCUCCAUCACGUUGACGUCACCGCUGCCCAAGACCGAGAAUGGACCCCACGACAAGCAAUCCACGUCAACCCUGCGACUGCUGUGUUCCAUCAUGGGCGGGCAGGCGCGCGCUGUAUGGGAGGACGUCACUGGUUCAACCCCUCUGACGGUCACUGAUGAUUGCGGAUCUUUUACUACCACCGUCUCGGCCAGAUUCUGGUUGAUGAACUGCCAGAAUGUCAGCGAUGCCACUAAACUAGCGACGGAACUUUAUAAAGAGAUGUUGUUGGUGCCAUUCGAGGUCCGCAUCGUGGUGCUGGGCAAGCGGCUGGACGCGCUGGAAGGCAGGCUGCUGGUGCUGUACAUCACCGAUAGAUACGCGUAUGAGACUCUGCUGCAGCAGGAGCACUACACGGAGGUGGCACACUCCACUUCUGUCAAGUUCCUGGACAGCAAGGAGGUGUACCUGGAGUUCAGCGGGAACCUGGUGCCUGUUACCAAAUCCGGCUCCCAGCCCAUGUUUAAGUUCGAGGCAUUCAAGGACAAUCGUGUGGAGUUCCCAGUGCGAGUGAAGCACCACGAGGAGAGCCCCUCCGGACGCAUUUACUUCAUGAACGAACCUAAGGUGGCGAAGGGCGAGCAGUCGCAGACGCCGGCGUGCGUGCUGGACGUGGAGCUCCCCGACAGCGUGGCGCCGCGCGCCGGCAAGAGCCAGGUCGACUACCUCAACCUCGACCAGUCCGGCUUCGACGCGCUAAAGGAUGAGCUGAGCUUCCACAGCUGGGAUCACCACCAUCACCACGGGCCUAUUGCGCCACCGCCGCCACCGCCGCUCAACGGACACACAGACGACGACUUGAUUAUUACGAACGGCGACGUGAAAUAUCCUACUAAGGACUCCGAAGAUGCAGUCAUCAAACCACAACCCAACGGUGACACCAAUCACGUCGACCCAGACAAGGUCAAAGCCACAUUCGACUCCGAUGAGGACAAAACUCCCAUGAACACCCUUGAGAAAGGCGACAAGGAGAAGGGCAAGAAGAAGGAGGGCUUCCUCGGGGGCCUCGCCGACAAGGUGAAACACGUAUUCAGCCACAGCCAGGACGAGGACGACAAAGACUCCCCCAAACCAAAACCCAGAGAGUCCAAAGAAAAAAGCCCACCGAAACAAAAGAAAGACAAAAACUCACCAAAACGAGAAGACAAAGAAAAGAGCCCGCCUAAACAACAGAAAGAAAAAACCCCUCAACCUGAAGAAAAAGAAAAGACACCACCCAAACCUGCCCCUAGACUCAUUAGCGAAGAUUUACUCGAAAAAGUCGAUGAUAUAUUCAAGGAUCUCAAAACGAAACCGCAUCAAAAGGACAAAGAAGAAGAUCUCAAUAGUGAAGUGUACACAACUCGCCUUGUUGUUGAUGAAGACAGGCCGGCAAACUUGCAAAAUAUUACCGAAGAAGUGUACGAGCAAUAUGCUAACAUGCAGCCGGUAGAAACGCCUAUGAAAGUUCCCAAGAAAGACCCCUUCGCGUACCCUACCGUGUGCUGCGAUGGCCCGAAGGGACCCAAGCAUAGUCACGAAGAAACCUCUACCUUACUCGAUCAAAUUGAGCAAGCUAAAUUCGCCGCACAUGAAAAGUUACAUGACGUUGGCGACAAAGUACAAAGCAAUGUAGAUGAAGGUGUUGCUAAGUUGGGACAAGAAAAAGAUAAGUUACAGCGCCAAGCCACUGAAUUAAAGGACGAUCUAAUUAUAAAAGAAGAAAACUUCAUAAAGAGUGCUAAAGAUCACGCUAAUGACGCUAAACACGCAACUGAAGACGGUAUUAACCAGCUCGCGGAAUCCGCGCAUACAGCUCACAAUGACAUGAACGCUAAGGCUGCGCUAGUCCAGUCGAAUAUUGCCAACGAAUUUGACAACUUUAACACCUCAACAAACGAUGCUUAUGAGAAUGUCGCUUUUGCUGUAGGCGAUACUAAAAAUAAUUUAAUCAACAAAGCUAAUACAAUGGAUUUCCUUGCGCAAGAACAAGCGGAAGAGCUAAGGAACAGAAGCCAUGAGCAUAUGUCACAAAUCGGACAAAAGGCGAAAGAAGGCGCUAAUGCUGUCAGCGACACCUUCCACGCAGUACAAGAUAAUGUUAACCACAAAGCUCAGGAACUUAAAGCAGGUGCUAAAGAAACCGCCGAUAAUAUUAAAGAUAAAACGAACGAAAAAUUACACGACCUUGGUGAAUCGAUAGACAGCGCUAAAGAAAAAGCCGAAGACGCCGCCGCGGACCUUAAGUCUAAAGCUGGAAAAGAAAAAGACAAAGCGAAGAAAGAGGCUAAGAAAGCUAAGAAGGAAGGCAAGAACUUUAUUACUGGCCUAGUAAGCAACAUUUUCGGAGAGAAAGAAAAGAUCGAAAAGGAAGUGAAAGGAAAAGUUUCCGAAGGAAAAGAUGCAGCUAACAACUUGUUAGAUGAAGCGUCGGCUAAAAAAGACGAAAUCAAGGAAGCCGUUGAACAUAAACACGAGGAACUAAAAGAUGGUGCUAACCACUUAGCUGAAAAUGUAAACGACAAAGCUAAGGAAGCUGAAAAGGCGUUACACGAUAAGAAAGAUGAGCUACAAAAAGCGGCACAUGACAAAAAGGAAGAUGUUAAACAUGCUGCCCAAGAAGUCGGCGAUGCUAUACACAGUAAAACUCAAGAGGUUAGUCAGGCCAUACACGACAAGAAAGAAGAGGUCGGUAAGGCAGUAAGUGACAAAAAGGAAGAAAUCGCUAACGCUGUUCACGAUACUACGGAACAGGUCGGGCAGGCUAUUCAUGAUAAAAAGGAAGCCAUUCAGGAUAAGGCACAAGAGGUUGGCAAAGCUAUUAAUGAUAAGACGCAGGAGGUUUCUAGUGCAAUUAAGGACAAAGCUAACGAAGUAAGCACGGCUAUUCACGACGAGAAGGAAGCGGCAGCACACGCUGCUCACGAAUUCGGCCAAGCUGUUCACGACAAAACGCAAGAAUUUUCCAACGCUGUUUAUGAUAAGGCUCAUGAAGUUGGCACAGCGAUCCAUGAUAAGAAGGAUCAGGUUUCACACGCUGCCCACGAGUUCGGCCAGGAUGUUCAUGACAAAACACAAGACGUUUCGAAUGCUGUUCAUGAUAAGGCUCACGAAGUUGGCUCAGCGAUCCGAGAUAAGAAGGAACAGGUUUCACACACUGCCCACGAAUUCAGCCAAGCUGUUCACGACAAAACACAAGACGUUUCGAAUGCUGUUCAUGACAAGGCGCACGAAGUUGGCUCAACGAUUCAUGAUAAGAAGGAAGAGGUUUCAAAUGCUGCUCACGAAUUUAGCCAGGCUGUUCACGACAAAACGAAAGAAGUUUCGAAUGCUGUUCAUGAUAAAGCGCAUGAAGUUGGCUCAGCCAUUCACGACAAAACAGAUGCAACCAAGCAUGCACUACAAAAUAAAGCAUCAGAACUAGAAAACGCAAUGCACGACAAAAGGGAAUCAAUCGAAAACACUAUCCACGACAAGAAAGCACAAUUACAAAAUGUCACUGAAUCAGAAAUGGACAGAAUACGACAAACCGCCGAACAAACCACUGAACACAUCAAGAAAUCAGCUGAAGAUACAAUCAACGCUGCUGCUGACAAAAAAGCAGAAUUACACGCGAACCUGUCAAAUAAAUUCGAUGACCUACAAAAGAAAGGGCACGAUGAAUUACACCACAUCCAAAACGCCGCAAGCGACAAGGUUAGCGAUCUACAGAAGUCGUCUAAAAACGCGUUCGACCACGUUCAAGACUCGGCCUUAAUUACUUUCGAUAGAGUCGAAAGUUCAGCUAAGGACAAAGUGAGCGACGCGAAAGACCAAUGGGAGGAUUUGCAGAGUUCCACCAGAGAUACUUAUGCUGAUUUCAGGGAUGACGUUCACGGCUUAGAAAGUUCUGCACAAGACACGCUACACAGCUUCCAAAGUUCUGCCGGAGACACGUUUGAUAGCUUAGACGAUUCGGCGAAAGAAUUCUUGGGUGGUGUUCAGAGUUCGACUCAAAGUUUCGAGAAUAAUUCUAAGGAGUUAUUCGGUGAUAUGAAGGAGUCUUUUGAGGGCUUCCAAGUCUCGGCUGAAAACCAGUUGGAGGACGUGAAAGGGGCUGCUAAGCACAGGUUGGAGGACAGUAAGGGUGCGGCGGCGGAGAGGCUAGAGGAUGUUAGUGAGAGACUCGAGGGGGUGAAGGAGGGUGCGCAGGAGGGAGGGCAGGCGGUGGCGGACGCGGUGGCCAAUGAGGCUGACAAAUUCACAAGCAGUCUUAACGAUUUGGGCAAUUCCGUGUUUGGAUCUUCGGGCAAAGGUUUCAUGAAGGAUUCCAGCACAAAAUUAUUAGAAUCGGAGAAAGCACAGUCCUCGCCCUCACCACACAAAAAGGGCUCAGGGAUACCGAAGCUAAAGAAAAAGGGACGGAAGUAACUGCGGCGACGAACGAUUUUUUUCUCCAAGCUACGGCGCAGUCCGUGAAGGCAACCAACAGCAUCACUUCGCGGUUUUGAAACGAAAGGCGAUUGGCGGAUGGAUAAAAUGUAUACUUUAAGUACAUUUUUAUUAGAUAGGGGUAUACUGCUUUAGACGUGUUGGCCCUUCCUUCCUGUAAGCUUCUUUAGAUCUAAAGAGAUGUAAAAAAUAAUAUGUAUUUCACUAACAAUUUCGGUUAAAUUAGUGAUAAUAAUAUUAUGUUCAGCCAUUGUUAUCGAGUCAAUAAAAGCGAAUAUAAAAUAUUAA